AAGGGGGUACGCGACCACUUUCAUUUUAUGAACUUAAAAAGCAACUUGGAAAUGAUGUUGAUAUUCUUCAAGAGUUGGUCGCUGAGGAAAUAAUACUAGAACAAAAGGUUGAAAUAAAUGGACCUUCAUCCGAUACACCGUUGGACACCGUAACUUUAUAUUUUAACAAAAUUAAAAAAGAACUUCCGAAAGAUUAUUUAUCGACACUUACAUUAAAAAGAAAAUUUCCAGCAGAGGAAUCGAAUUUACAAACAGAUCCUAUAUCAGUUGACAUUAAUUCUCAAAUUCAGUCGCUUAGAAGUCGGCUUUGUGAAUUGAACAAUAUCGAAUUGGAUUUGAAAAAACAAUUACAAAAAUUUGGACAUACAAAAGACAUUGGACAAUCACUACCGACAACUGCACGAAUAUAA